AUGGAGGAGAAGAGGAAGAAGAAGGCUGUGGUGUUGGGAGGCAGCAUAGCAGGGAUAUCCUGCGCGCACGCACUGAUUGCAGCAGGAUGGGAUGUGGUGGUGCUGGAAAAGACAGGCUCUCCUCCUACUGGUAGCGCCACCGGGGCCGGCCUUGGACUCGACCCUUUGGCUCAGAAAAUCAUCCAGUCAUGGCUUCAACAACCCCAACUUCUUCAAAUGACUACCCUGCCCCUCAACAUUGAUCAAAACCAAGCUACAGAUGGAAACAAUAAAAUCAGCUGGACACUGACAAGAGAUGAGAACUUCAAUUUUAGAGCAGCAUAUUGGUCCGACCUCCAUAGCCUUCUGUACAAAGCAUUACCACAGGGGAUUGUUUUGUGGGGACAUCUGUUCAUCUCCUUUUCUAUUUCUGAUGACAAAUCCUUCGUUAAAGUAAGAACCAAAGUUCUUCAAACAGGCGAUACAAUUGAUAUCGUUGGCGAUUUGCUUUGUGCAGCCGAUGGUUGUCUUUCUUCAAUUCGACAGAGUUUCCAUCCUGACCUUAAACUGAGGUAUUCAGGUUAUUGUGCAUGGAGAGGGGUCCUCGAUUUUUCAGAUAAUGAGAACUCUGAAACCAUUCUUGGGCUUAAGAAGGCAUACCCUGAUCUAGGUGGAUGCUUAUAUUUUGACCUGGGUUCAGGAGGCCACAGUGUUUUUUAUGAGCUAUUGAAUAAAAGAAUUAAUUGGAUUUGGUACGUUAAUAAACCCGAGCCUGAACUUAAGGGAAACUCGGUUACCAUGAAAGUUAGCGGCGACAUGAUCAAGAAGAUGCACGAGGCAGCAGAGAAGGUUUGGGUCCCCGAAUUGGUAAAGGUAAUACGUGAAACAAAGGAACCAUUCUUGAAUGUCAUAUACGAUAGUGAGCCUCUUGACCAAAUCUUUUGGGACAACGUGGUUUUGAUUGGAGAUGCAGCUCACCCUACGACACCUCAUGGUUUGAGAAGUACAAACAUGUCGAUAUUAGAUUCUGCAGUCUUGGGCAAAUGCCUUGAGAAGUGGGGAGUGGGGAGUCUAAAUUCAGCUCUUCAAGAAUAUCAAUCUAUUCGGCUGCCAGUUGUUUCGGAGCAAGUUCUAUUUUCGAGACGACUGGGACGUAUAAAACAAGGUUUAAUCCUUUCUGAAGGAAAGCUUGUUGAUCCAAGGACAGCAAGUGAAGGAGAUUGCCGAGAGUUGAUGCAAAAAAACAUGCCUUUUUUCUCCUAUAUUCCUCCCAUAUUGAACUAA